AUGCAAAGGUGGAAAGGGCUGUUGAUGGACGAAAAGGCGUUGGCAAUCAAGGAGAAGCGGGAUGCAGUCGAAGCGGUGGACACAAAGCCCGUCAUGAAAGCGAUCAUGUCGUCGUAUGAAGAGUGUGACGAGAAGCAGAUCUUGCCGGCCUUCUUUUUCGCGCUGCAUGUGUUUCGUCAAUACAACUAUUGGGGCCCCCUGCUGUCCGAGUCAGAUUGCUUGAUGUCAGUGGUUGGCCCGAUCUUGAAGGAAUUCAUGGCCGUUCAGCACGAGAUCAAGUUUACCAGUGCCAACGCUUGCACGCGAGUAGGGAAGGCGCGGAAGACGCAUCUGCAACAGAGUGGUCAGUCGCGUCAACCGGAUGUAAUUGGACUGACGGCGUCAAAUGAAGAAGUAUUUUAUGGUGAGCUCAAAGGACCGACCCCAAAGGCAGCGGCCGUCAACACGGAUGUGCUGCGUCUUGCCGUUUUCUCCAAAGACUCUCUCGAUCAAGUAAACAAGGUUCUUGUCCAAGGACCACCGAUCUUGACUUUCCAGACAGUGGGACGCGACGUCACGUUCUUUUUGGCGGCCAAGAUCAACAACACCAUUGUUCAUACCCGCCUGUCGUCUGUGAGAUUGCCAGCGUUGUUGAGCGAGGUGGAUGUGGAUCUUGACGUGUUCUUUCAUCUCUUCCAAGUCCAGUCCUUGGUCCAUGUCACAAGGGAUCGUCUUGAAAAGAGAAGGGCAGUGCCAGUGCAGGAUGCAGUGUUUCCAACACUAGGAACACCUGAAAGGAACGCGGCGCUGAAGAGUCCUAUUGUUUCUAGAAAAUAA